AUGGCGAACAUCGUCGGGCUCUCGAGUCUCAGCGACCGCCGCAGCGACGACCAGCGGCAGGAGAGCGACGAGCCGAAUCAGUACUACGCGGGCGGGACGUCGGACCGCGGCGGAGGCAGCGGGUUGUCCGUCAUUGGUCCCGCCAGCGACGACCACGUGGCGAACAUCAUUGGCCGAGCGCAGCAAGACGCCCGUGCAGCGGCUGGUGCGUCCACGCAGCCUCGACAUGUCAUCACGUUCUACCGAGACGGCUUCACAGUAAACGACGGGCCGUACCGCGCACGUUCCGACGCGGCGAAUCGGCCGUUCCUUGAGGCGCUGGAGCAGGGCCACGUGCCGCAAGAGCUCGAGGGGGAGAACCGCAAUGAACCCGUGGAAAUCAGUCUCGUGGACAAGCGCGAGGAAGCGUAUGUGGCGCCGCCGCCACCUGCGUAUACGGCCUUCAGUGGCGAGGGACAGGUCAUGGGUUCGAGGACGUAUGGCGCUGAAGCCGUGAUCCAAGGAGACGAGGUCCAGACGGCCGAGCGUCCCGUGAUUGAUGACAAGAAGCCCACGACAACGCUGCAGCUUCGUCUGCACAAUGGCCAGCGACUGCGGGAGACGCUGAAUUUGGACCACACGAUUCGGGACGUGCACGCGAUCAUUCAGCUGAACGAUGCGGGGGCGCAAGCCUACACACUGCUGGCUGGGUUCCCGCCACGUCCCGUGUCAACGGACCUCGACGCAACAAUCGAGCAAGCGGGACUCAAGGGCGCUGCUGUCACCCAGAAGCUCAUUUAA